AUGGAUUCCCAAAGCCUUUUCAACGUGAAGGGCAAAGUGGUGCUGGUCACCGGUGGAGCCAAGGGAAUUGGUCGCAUGAUCUCUGAGGGAUACGUAGCCAACGGUGCCACCGUUUACAUCUCGUCUCGUGAUGCCAAGGCUUGUGACAAAGCCGUAAACGAGCUCAAUGCGCUCGGCAAAGGAAAGGCACACGCCAUCCCCGCCGAUUUUUACAAAGAAGAGGAUGUUAAGAAAUUGGCUGAGGAGCUUGGAAAGCGCGAGAGCAAGCUGCAUGUUCUUGUUAACAACUCCGGAUCAAACUGGGGUGCUCCUUACGACGAAUAUCCUUCCUCUGCUUGGACUAGAGUUCUCACUCUGAACCUCCACCGAGUCUUCGAUCUGACGAGGCUCGUCACCCCCCUGCUAGAGAAGGCAGCCGCUUCGGGCGACCCAGCCCGCAUCAUCAAUAUCGGUAGCAUCGAUGGUCUUCGCGUCCCAGCACUUGAGACGUUUGCCUAUAGUGCCAGUAAGGCCGGUUUGCAUCAUCUGAGCAGAGUCCUUGCAAACCACCUUGGUAGAAGAAACAUAACAUCAAACGCGCUGGCUUGCGGCCCCUUUGAGAGUAAGAUGAUGGCUGCCACUCUUGAAACAUAUCGGGAGCAGAUCGAGGGAAAUAUUCCACUGGGCCGUAUUGGUACCCCCCAAGACGUGGCCGGUGCUUGCUUAUUCCUGAGCAGUCGCGCUGGCUCGUAUGUGAAUGGAGCCACUAUCACACUGGACGGUGGUAGCGCUAUUGCUGCCAAGCUGUAA